AUGAACGAUGCGGGUGCCAGCGGCAACGAGCAUCUAGGGUUAUCCAAGGUCCAUCAUAGUUCGUUACUGCCGCCGAUCUCCGAUCUCAUGGAUACCAGUGCGCUGUCGUCAUCACGAACAUCGCGGUCGGCACGCAGCUUAAACAGUGUGAAUGGGCUUGGUAUGGAUGCUGCCUCUUCGUCAGCCUAUACGGCGCCGCAGACGCCUUCGUACUUGCAUAGUGCCGACGCAGAUACGUCGAAUGUAUCCGCCUCGUCCGUCGCGCUCCUUGAUGACUUGCUCGUUACGUACUCGCUCCUUGAGGCUGAGCCGUAUCAGGCGCUUUCACUCGAGCAAGUGGCUGAACUACGCCGGAAGCAGCACAAGCUAAGCACCUCACUCAAGAGCAUGCAGGAGCGCAUAUCCCUAGAGAAGAAGAUGCGCGGCGCCACACAUAUGCUGCACGCGUACAAGCCCAGUAGUACGGCAAAAACUGUAGGCGCUGCCUCCACGCACGAGGAUCCUGCGACGCAGCGAGAUGAUCUUCAUGCCAAGAUGCUGGAGGUGUCGUCAGCCAUGGAGCGGACGGACCAAGUCAUGCAACAGUUUAUUGAGGCUUCAGAUGGUCUUCAUGAUGCGCAAAAUCGACUGCUUUCUCCCCAUGUGGCUGUACUCCGUGCUCCCCCACACGCGGAACGUCCGCCGCCCACGAUGGACAUGUCUACGUCCUCGUCGUCCCGUGGGAUGCGAACUCCCCACACAUGGACGCAUGGCUUUCUCACCCCGCGCGGAAGCACAUCACGCCUUGCUCGUUCUUUCAACACGCACACCGGCAGUCCGAGCUCACAGCGUGGCACGCCCUCUCGAAAUGAGAAUGUGCAUGCAUUGUCGGAAGAGUCGCCUGGUUCCGAUGAGCAUGGCGGUCUGAUGGACGAGGUUGAGCGGCUUCAGGCACAUCGUCGUGGAUUGUCGAUGCAGCUUGCAUCGACGGGAAAGCGGCAAAAAGACUUACGAAAGCGACUGAGUCUGCUAUGUGCACAACACACGGAACUCGGUGACUUUUUGCAGGAGGAUGAAGCAGAUAACGAGCCGACUGAUCGGUCUGCUACAAGCCCCGCUUUGGCCGAACAAGAACACCGGAUCAAUGAAAUGCAAAGCGAGCACGACGAGCAGAAGCUCCAGAUCAUUCUACAAUUUGAGCAAGAGCGACGCCAUUUGGAAGAACAGCACGCGAAUGAGCUGCGUAUGGCGAGCGCCGCGGCCGAACAGCGGGGGCUCAAGCGGGCCGAGGAGUUGCUUUCGUCGCUACAAGAGCAGCGACAGAAGCACGAUACAGAGCUCAAGAAGCUGAACCUGUCAAUGGAGGAGACUCAGCAACAUUAUGCCAAUGAGAUUCAUCAUAUGCACGAGCUACUCGAACGUGCACAGCAACGUCACGACCAGGACCGGCGUGAUGCAAGUGUGUCUUUUGAGGACAUUCGGCAACGGCAUGCAAAAGAGCUAGACAGUGCGAACGCAGCUCUGGAAGAAGCACAAAGCUUCCACGCGGUCGAGCAGACACAUGCUAAUGUAUCGCAGGAAGCUCGAGAGCAGCAGCACACAAAAGAAUUGGAUCAAAUGCGCCACUCGCUUCGCCAAGCCGAACAGACCCUUGCCGCUCAACAAGCUCGUAUGGAUGCAGCGAUGGAGGAGCUCAAGAGCCAGUAUACGAAAGAAUUGGACGAUGUGAAGCAGGCGCUGAAGCAUGCGAAUGAGGAACAUGCCCGGGAACUAGACGGAUCCCGAGAAACGACUGAUAAGGCUCAGCAGCAGCUGCUUGCCGAGCAGAACCGGAUGAACGAAUCAGUGGACGAGCUCAAGAGGCUGCAUGCAACUGAGCUGGGUGAUGUGAAUACAGCGCUUAUGGCGGCACAGCAGCAACUUGCGACGGAACGCAAUCACAUGAGCGUCACAAGGGACGAGCUCAAGAAGCAGUAUACCAGCGAGCUCGAGGAGGCUCGUCUUGCUUUAGAGCGCAUGCAAGCUGCGCAUGCGAAGGAGCUCGAAGAGACACGCUUGACGCUCGCUGAUACGCAGGAGCAACUGGCUACAGAGCGGAAUGAUGCGAGUGUCGCGAUCCAUGAACUCAAGAAGCAGCACGAAAACGAGCUCGAAGAAGCUCGACGAGCUGUAGAACAAGCCCGGAGUGACUUGUUGAUGGAACUUGAUGAGGCACGCGCCGCUCUAGCUACGGCGCAGCAGCAACUCGCCACGGAGCGGAACGAUGCGAAUGCUUCGAUCGAUGAACUCAAGAGGCAGCAUGAAAACGAGCUCGAAGAAGCCCGACAAGCUGUAGAGCAAGCCAGGAGCGACCUAAUGAUUGAGCUCGACGAGGCACGUGUCGCCCUAGCUACAGCCCAACAGCAACUGGCUACACAGCGGAACCACGCGAAUGUCUCGAUCGAUGAACUCAAAAAGCAACAUGACAAAGAACUUGAAGGGCUGCGUCUCGCGCUUCAUCAAACCCAAGAGGAACACGCGAAUGAGCUCGAGGCAUCUCGCACUGCGCAUGACAAUGCUCAGCAGCAACUUGCCACUGAACGAAAUCAUUUGCGUGUAUCGAUGGACGGACUGAAGAAGCAGCACGAUGACACGCAAGAAGCGCUUGAGAAGGCACGCAGUGGAUCCGAGCGGGCCAGAGACUUCCAUGCAAAGGAGCUCGAGGACAUUCAAGGUGCUUUGGAUGCCAUGCAGCAGCAGCUAGCGACGGAACGCAAUGACAUGCAAGUGGCCAUGGACGAGCUGCGACAGCAGCAUGCAAAAGAGCUCGAGUCUACACGAGCUGCGAUGGACGAGUCACAGCGCAGGCACAGCGAAGAGACGCAGGGCAUGCGCAUGUCGUUCGAACGGGGGCAUCGACUACAAGAAACAGAGUUGAAUGAGACACGCCAAGCGCUGCAAGAUGCGCGUGACCAGCAUGCGAAGGAGCGCGAAAACACUCACUCCUACCUUGAGGAUGCACAGCAACGGCGAGCUAAAGAGCUAAAUCAGGCUAACCACGCCUUGCAAGAGACGCAGCUUCUGCAGGCCAAAAACCAACACCAGACGCAAGAGCUUUGCGAUGUGCACGAGCGACAGGAGCAGACACAAAAGGCACUGUUCGACACGCAAGAAGAACGUGUACACGAGCGAAUGGAAUCAGACGCUGCUCACAAGCAGACGGCCAAAUCACUCAGUGAUGAGCUGACACGGAUCCAAGCAGAGCUUUUGGCGCACCAGGAGCGCGAGUCAGAGUUGCUUGUGAAGCACGAAUCGGAACUGGCCAGGCGUGAUGCUGAGCAUGCCGAUACCUUAAGCCAUAUGCGCGCAAGUCAUGCGGAUGCUGUGGAUCAACUGAAUGCAGGUCAUGCUGAAAAGAUCGGCAAGCUCCAUACUCAGCAUAACGACUUGCUUCACACGCUGCGCUCAGAGCCGAGGUCUUCGGCGCACAUGGACACACUUCGUUCCGAGUACGAACAGCGGUUCAUGGAGCUUAAGCGGCAGCAUGCGAUAGAGAAGCAGGAGCUGGAGGACCAGCAUGCCAAGUCGUCAGCUGCUCUGCAAGCGCGCGUCGCACAGCUGGAAUCUGAGCAUGCGACAUUGCAGCCGUCUCCGAAUACUAGUGCUUCUCGCGAUCGUAAUGAUAUGCGCAACCAGCCUUCUGCAGUCCCAACACUAUCGCGUCGUCUGCACAUGAUGUUUGGUGGUGGUGAGUCGACAGAGGAACCGGCUUCGGCGCCGUCAUCAGUGCCUGCCUCGGGGUCGGGAUCCGCGGAUACAGACGAGGCAGCCUCCAACACACCAGAUGCGACCCGCUCAACGGAACGGGAGCUGCGUGCGCAGCUGGCUGCUGAGCGCGAGCAAAAAGACCUCGUCGCACGUCGACUCGAAGAGGUCAUGGUUCUAUACCGCACGGCGCUGCGUGACCGCACAUCCGACAAGCCGCUACCUGUGGCGUCUGAAGGCACUGUGACGAAUGAAGCGAACAACCGUACUGGACCGGCUGCUGACAGGCGAGAACCGGCGAAUGAAUCAGAAUCGUCAGCAGCAGUACAACCGGCCGAAACACGAGAAGCAGCAGCAGCAGGUCCGCCGUCACCAAGCAUGGAAGAGCCUCUCAUUCCACACACACCCGAACCACAUACGCCAACGACGCCAGAAGUGCCCGACACACCAAGACGCCUAACUCGCUUGGAAACAUACAUCGACAAUGCAUCUACACCAACGCAUCGUACGGAGCGGCGCACCGACCCUCGUGCACGUAUUCUUGAGAUGGAGCUUGACAAGCAUCGACGCGCAGCUGAGCAGUCGCGCUUUGCGUACGAGCAGCUGAAACUUCGAUAUGACGUGGACAUCGCGAGCACGGCACGUGAGCGAGAGCUCGUUCAAAGAUGGAUCCCAGGGCUGGCGCGAUGUGUGUGA